AUGGAGCGUCCUGGGAAGACCUUGAGCGAUGCUGCUUUCGCAAUGAUAGUGCCUGGUGCUGACCAAGAAGGCUUGCCUCGAAGGGGACCGAAGCCAACACGAGCUUAUCUCACGGAUGGCUUCGAGUCAGCCAAGCUCCGGCAGCGCAGUAAUGACGCCGUCGAGAGCCAGGCCAGCCCCACGAAUCGAGACGCGCGUGGUCUGGGAAGGCCUGCAGCCCUGCAACCUCCCAGCUCCAGCUUGGGGGACUUGGUCUAUUAUUCUGAAGGAUCGGGCCAAGGCCAAAGCGGCCAAAGUCAAAGCCCAAGAGGGGCCUUCUCGCCAGCGCGGACAACCGGAAGAUUCAGGUUUUUGCCCGAGAGCUUGAAGACAAUGCCUGUGCCGCCAGUCUUCCCCUCCGUGCGCAAUCGCGCGAACGCUCCGACCGCUCCGAAUGAUGAAGAGGAUGCCCUGGAGGCACCAGACUCUCCCCUGUCACCCGGAAAGACAAAGCGAUCGCCCAAGGCGAAGGCUAUGAGCCAGUCCUUCUAUCUUGACAGGCCCAAACCGAAGCGCUUGCAUCAGGGCGGUGCCUCUGGUGGGGAACAGUUGCAGCUCACGAUCGAGGGCUUCGAGGCACCGAAGAGGGAAGCGAAAGAUGAGUUGUCCCCGUCGCCUUCGAGCAGCAUGAAGAGGAUGGUCCUUGAGAAGGAGCACGAUGCCAAAGAUGUACAAAAAGCGAGACGCCUGAGCUCGCUUUACGUGCGGGGCUGGACGCAAAGAAAGGAUGAGUCCGACUCCACUGCCGAGGGUGGUGCCAACGAAGAGGAGGAGGAGCAAGAAUCGCCUUUAGAGCGCCUCUUGCAACUUCAGAAGGAGCUUCAGGAGGCAUUGUCGUUGCACGCUCGCGGUUUUGCCAUAGAGUUGAAGGCCAUGUCCAUUGAGGAAGAGAAGGAGAUGCUGGAACUGGAAGGUUUAAUCGAAGAGCACGGGCUGACAGGGAAGGCUGCUCUGGCCUAUAUCCUGUGUGCCAAGUUGGGAUCAUUGGAUGCUGCCUUCAACUACCUGGAUGGUAACAGUUCGGAGGCUUUUGCUGCAGUGUCCUGGCACACUGGCUUGAUGAUUCUUCGUGUCGAUCUUCCAAAAAUAGCAGGCUUGGGCAAACAGCAGAUGUUCUCUUCGAUCACGAAGGGUGGGACAACUGUUUCUCGCGAAGCAUGGCACGAGUACUUCGCUGGGGUCGAAGAUUCGCUGCCGGCACUGCCAAGCCAUAUGCGACAGAAAAGGACUGCCCAGAAGCCCCGAGUUCCCGAAGCUCCGCCUCCUCUGCCUCCACCGCCACCUCCGAAGCCGAAGGAACCCAAGCCUGAGCCUGAGCCGAAGAGUGAGGAGAAGAAGGAGUCGACUGGGGUCGGGUGGAAGAAGCUGCGCAUGGCAACCAAGAAGCUGAAGACUUUGAGCAGCUUCAACACGAUGCACGAGGAGCAGCAACAGCAGCAGCAGCAGGACCCCCAGGAGGAAGACGAAGCUUUCAAAGAGAGGGUAACGAUGCAGCUGCAGGGCUUGUGCCCGGACGAAAGCGUCAAGCUCAUGAACCUCUCCAGAAAGCAGCGGGCGGUGUGCAUGCAGGUUGCCAAAGACUCCGGGCUCUGGUCGUCCACCCAGGGAUCCUCGCUCUUGGUCCUGCGGGAGGGCCCUUUCACGGAAGAGAUGCGCAAGGAGAUCGCAAACCUGCCCCUUGCUUCCGGUCUUCGCCUGCUUGUCUCGAAGAUUGGGCCAGGCCUGGUCCUACUUGGGCGAAUGCUGACGGACAUGAACGGCAUGCGAAUGUCGAAGGCUUGCGGGAAGUGCCCCAGUUGCUGCGAGGAGUUAUCUUUGCCUGCAGAAUCGCCAGCUUCCCGCAGCCUCAUGGACCACGUUGAGGAGGAUGGCUACGAUGUUGACAUCUUCAAUGAUCAAGGUAGCGACAUGGAGAUCAAGUCGGCGAUUGAAGCCCAGCUUGCCGGCUUGGAAGUGGAUGCUAUGUUCGACUAUCCCGCUGGAGCCGGGCAGGUCUUCCGCUCCUGCGUGGGCAAAGUUUGCGACAACUACGGCUACGAAGUCAGCGGAAUGCACGGGUCGCAGGAGCGCGUCGUGGUGGGAAAUUUGGCAACGGCCAUGGUCAAGCUCCAUACAGACCUCUCCGACCUCUCCUCUGGCACAGUGGAGUUUGGGCGCGAGAUCUCUCGCUUGCAGAAGGAAGCCAUUCGAAGGGAAGCCCGGCUAAACGGGUAUUCCGUCGUCGAGGACGAGACGGGCUGCCUGAAGGUGUCGCGUAUGUCCAUACUGGUUCCCGAGUCGGAGAACCUGGGCAGCAAGUAG